AUGGAUACUACGCAAGCAGAUGAUUCCCUCACUAAGGAAUUGACCAAGCCGGAAGAGUGGCCGCUCCCUUCCACUGAGAAUCGUGCCCAGCAUGAAGCUCUCGAGGUUUGCUACUUGCAAUCGCGGGCGUCUACACCGCACCUUGACACGGCAGAGAUUGCUCGAGUUCUCACGCCCGGCCCUGUGCAUCCUGUAAUCUCCAUUCGUUCAAGGCGAGGCCCGCCUUCAGUUGCGCAUUCUCUAGCCUCUCCGUCAAUCUCUGAGUCGGGCGAAGGAGAAGAUCCUAGCUCGAUGGCGAGAUAUCUCGCUCGACGGGCAACCCUUCUCGGCUGGUUUGACGGAAGCGAAGUUGACAAUGGCCUCCGAAAUUGGCCGUCGACCUGCGUCGCUGUUCGCCUUUCGGACGACGACUAUUCUUUCUUUCCAUAUAAUGUCAAUCCUGCGUUGGGCGACGCCAUCAUCCGGCUUGGUGAGACAGCUGCAGUCGCCAUGUCGUCUCGAUUCACAUCUGCUCUGAUCGCUUCCAUUAUGCCUGGUCAAAAGAGCCUCAUUAUUGAGAGCACCAGCGCUCGUAUCCCUAUUGUCUACUGUUUGAACGAUGUCAAUUCUGAGAUGGUUCAUUUUGCACGAGCCUGUAUUGUAGUUCAAGAGAAGGUUAUCCUGGUCUGGUCUCAUGAUGCCGGCGCAAUUCUCAACGUGGCCUUUGAUGUUGAGAGACAGCUCGGCAAGAAGGGCCCUCGUAUCUCAAAUGCCACCACACCCCGCAUUUCCGGAUGCUCUUCUCCUUUUGACUUGGACACCGAUGCGCAGGUCUCCACCACGGCCAACAGCACCACUACUCCCAUUCGGGGAGCACUCGAUGAGAAACACGAGGUCUACAGCAAGGCCGUCGCCUUGGAAGAGGGCGGUGACGAGGAUGAGACUGCUGUUGAUUUGGAGGGUAACUUGGCUCCCAGACCAGCCAACCGAGUCCAUGCAUUCAAGAUCAGCUUUGCUAUCAUGCUGGUGAUUCUGACGCAGUCGCUUGGAGUGUCUCGGUUAAUUAAUGAAUACGCAUGGGACGGGGACUUCACUCGCUUUGCAUUGGUUGUGACCAUUCCACCGCUUGCCCUGUUCUCUUUGUUCUUCUUCAUUGUCCUUGUUACCAGCGCCUUCCAGCUUUUCCUCCCAGCCACUUUCUGCUUGAAGAACUCGAAGUUCCACUCAGCCAUCAAACCAAACCCAAAGUUCCACCGUGACUAUGAACUGCCCCAUAUCACCAUCCAAAUGCCCGUGUACAAGGAGGGUCUCAAGGGUGUCAUUGUCCCGACCAUGAUUAGUGUCCUCGCUGCGGUUCAGUACUACGAGGAGCGGGGGGGAACUGCAUCUGUCUUCAUCAACGAUGAUGGUAUGCAGUGUAUCCAGCCCGAGCUCGCUGAAGCCCGCAGGAAAUACUACCGUGAAAACGGAAUCGGCUACACAGCCCGUCUCCCCAAUAAGAAGGCAUCUCAGAAGAAGUCUUCAGGCUUCAACUGGCUCCGGAAGUCCAAAUCAGUCGAAGAAGAUACCGAAUCCGAGAAGGAAGAAACCCCUACCACUCCCCAGGCUAUAGUGAACAAGAUUGGCUUCGAGCGCAAGGGAAAGUUCAAGAAGGCCAGUAACAUGAACUACGGUCUCGCUUUCUCGAAUCGGGUUGAAGAUGAAAUGGUUCGCUUGGCUGGGUUGGAGUGCCAACAACGCGGGUGUGCCAACGAUGACUUGACUAUCGAGGAUGAUGAUCGGAUUUACCGGCAGGGUCUCGCUAACAUGCUCGCUGAAGACGAGGGUCGCACUUGGGCUGAAGGAAACAUUCGUAUCGGUGAACACAUCCUUAUUAUCGACUGUGAUACUCGAGUCCCCGUUGACUGCCUCCUCUACGGCGCAUUGGAAAUGCACGAGAGCCCCGAGGUCGCAAUUAUUCAACACGGCUCCGGUGUCAUGCAAGUGGUUCACAACAUGUUUGAGAAUGGUAUCGCUUAUUUCACCGAUGUGGUCUACACAGCUAUUAAGUACGGUGUCGGCUGUGGCGAUGUGUCUCCUUUUGUCGGCCACAACGCCUUUCUCCGAUGGAAGGCUAUCCAGAGCAUUCAAUUUGUGGAUCCUUCGGAUGGCCAGACGAAGUGGUGGUCUGAUGCGCACGUCUCCGAGGACUUUGAUAUUAGUCUUCGAUUGCAGAUGCAUGGCAUGACUGUUCGUCUGGCUACAUACCACAAUCGCGACUUCAAGGAGGGCGUGUCGCUCACCUUGUACGAUGAGUUGACGCGUUGGGAGAAGUAUGCCUACGGCUGUAACGAGCUCGUAUUUCAUCCCUUCUAUAAAUGGCCUUACAAGGGCCCAGUGACGAGACUCUUCCUUCGUUUCUUAUGGAGUAACAUGCCUGUCACUAGUAAGGUAACCAUCAUUGCGUACAUAUUUACCUACUAUGCAAUCGCCUCCGGUAUGCUUUUGGCUACAGUCAACUACGUCAUUGUCGGUCUCUUCAACUCUUCAAUCGAUCACAUUUACCUGCGAUCUUGGGGUAUUUGGAUUUCCUUGGUUGUUGUCUUCAACGGUGUUGCCUCGGUCGCAUUCAGCAUGGCCCGUCACCAGCUGAGGGAGAUGGUUUUCUGGAAAUCGCUUCUCAAUUCCGUUAUGUGGCUCCCAUUCUUGAUCAUCUUCUUCGGCGGCAUUAGUCUCAACUGUGCAAAGGCUAUUUUGUGCCACGCGUUUAGCAUCAACAUCGAGUGGUCUUCGACCGCCAAAGAGCCCGGUCCAUCUGGUUUCUUCAUUGGUCUUGACAAAAUGGUAAAGAAGUUCAAGUAUACUUGGGCUAUUUGCUUGUUCCUUGCAGUCGUGAUGAUUUAUAUGGCUCUCGGCACUCCCUGGGGCUGGCGAAUUAAGCCUGGUGAAUACUCAACCGCUAGCAUUGCGAUAGGUCCGCUCGCUAUCCAGAUUUGCAAUGCGGCCAUUCUCCCGCUGGUCUUGGGCUUGAACUGA